UCUCUUCCAAUCCUUCAUUAAAAACUGUUUUAUACAUGAAUUUGGAUGGUAGUCUAUUGGAUAUUGAUACGGUCAAUGACAUUAGGAAGCCAAUAAAAAUAACUGCUUAUGAAAGUCAGAAUAUAACAUUACCUUGCGUAUUCAGUUCUCCACAACCAUAUGUGGCUAAUGUGAGUCGAGUUAUCGGUGUAUCUAAUGGAAAUCAAAAGUUUGACUCUUUAUUUGGCGUUUUAGAUAUAUAUAAUUUGGCGAAGAAUGAUGAAGGAUUGUACUUUUGUACAGCUAACAAUAUUACUUCUUAUGCCUAUCUAAAGGUUCUUCGUAAGUUAAGCAUUUUAAGAAAUAUACAUAAAUAUGCCUAA